CCUUCUGCUGUCGUAGGCUAGGACGGCUGUUAGUUGCUGCUGCUGUUGGUUUGCGGCGGCGGCGGCGGCGGCGGAGGAGGAGGAGGAAGAGGGCGAGGCGACGGGGGAAGGCGGAGGCAGGCUCGGCGGCGGCGGCGGUACCCGCGUCCGGCGGCGGCGAGGGGGGGGAAGAUGGCGGACGUGCUCAGCGUCCUGCGACAGUACAACAUUCAGAAGAAGGAGAUUGUGGUGAAGGGAGACGAAGUAAUCUUCGGGGAGUUCUCCUGGCCCAAGAAUGUCAAGACCAACUAUGUAGUUUGGGGGACUGGAAAGGAAGGCCAACCCAGAGAGUAUUACACGUUGGAUUCUAUCUUAUUUCUUCUUAACAAUGUGCACCUUUCUCAUCCUGUUUAUGUCCGACGUGCAGCCACUGAAAACAUUCCUGUGGUUCGAAGACCUGACCGAAAAGAUCUACUUGGCUAUCUCAAUGGUGAAGCAUCAGUAAGAUUGAUUUGUACAGAAAAUCUUGUGCAUAAUGGAAAGAUCAUCAUCAGGAGUGUUGUCUUCCUGUGCUAUCUUCAUUCAGCAUUCAGCAAGCACUUACUGAGUGCUUAUUCUUACAGAAAGAAACUCCAGAAGGACAUACAAGAGACUAUCAGUGGUUGUGGAGGGUGGUGGGAAAUAGGAGCGUGGAUGGGGAUAGCAACAUCAGCAAGUAUUGACAGAAGUGCCCCCCUAGAAAUAGGUCUACAGCGAUCUACUCAAGUUAAACGAGCUGCAGAUGAAGUUUUAGCAGAAGCAAAGAAACCGCGAAUUGAGGAUGAAGAGUGUGUGCGCCUUGAUAAAGAGAGAUUGGCUGCCCGUUUGGAGGGUCACAAAGAAGGAAUUGUACAAACAGAACAGAUUAGGUCUUUGUCUGAAGCUAUGUCAGUGGAAAAAAUUGCUGCAAUCAAAGCCAAAAUUAUGGCUAAGAAAAGAUCUACUAUCAAGACCGAUCUAGAUGAUGAUAUAACUGCCCUUAAACAGAGGAGUUUUGUGGAUGCUGAGGUAGAUGUGACCCGUGAUAUUGUCAGCAGAGAGAGAGUGUGGAGGACACGAACAACUAUCUUACAAAGCACAGGAAAGAAUUUUUCCAAGAAUAUUUUUGCAAUUCUUCAGUCUGUGAAAGCAAGAGAAGAAGGGCGGGCACCUGAACAGCGACCAGCCCCAAAUGCAGCACCUGUGGAUCCCACAUUGCGUACAAAACAGCCUAUCCCAGCUGCCUACAACAGAUAUGACCAGGAAAGAUUCAAAGGAAAAGAAGAAACGGAAGGCUUCAAAAUUGACACUAUGGGCACCUACCAUGGUAUGACACUGAAAUCUGUAACGGAGGGUGCAUCUGCCCGUAAGACUCAGACUCCUGCAGCACAGCCAGUACCAAGACCAGUUUCCCAAGCAAGACCUCCCCCAAAUCAGAAGAAAGGGUCUCGAACACCAAUUAUCAUAAUUCCAGCUGCUACCACCUCUUUAAUAACCAUGCUUAAUGCAAAAGACCUUCUGCAGGAUCUGAAAUUUGUCCCAUCAGAUGAAAAAAAGAAACAAGGCUGCCAACGGGAAAAUGAAACUUUAAUACAGAGAAGAAAAGACCAGAUGCAACCAGGGGGCACUGCAAUUAGUGUGACAGUUCCUUAUAGAGUGGUAGACCAGCCCCUUAAACUUAUGCCUCAAGACUGGGACCGAGUUGUAGCAGUUUUUGUACAGGGUCCUGCCUGGCAGUUCAAAGGCUGGCCUUGGCUUUUGCCUGAUGGAUCACCAGUUGACAUAUUUGCUAAAAUUAAAGCCUUCCAUCUCAAGUAUGAUGAAGUUCGCCUAGAUCCAAAUGUUCAGAAAUGGGAUGUAACAGUAUUAGAACUCAGCUAUCACAAACGUCAUUUGGAUAGACCAGUUUUCUUACGGUUCUGGGAAACAUUGGAUAGGUACAUGGUAAAGCAUAAAUCCCACUUGAGAUUCUAAAUUACUUGGUUUCCCCUUUUUCUGGAAAUUUGGAUUGAGAAGCCUGGAUAUACCUUGAUCUAAAGACUGAGACUCAAGCUUUAUGAAUUUAUCGAGAACUUACAAAUGAAGAAGGUCACUGAUAUUUUAUAAGACCUUAUUUGAUGCUUUGUGCUUCAAAGGGAUGCCUGUCAUCCAUUAUAAGCAAACUUUUUGGCUUACAACUAUUUUUUUAAUAUUAGCCUUCUAGUCUGUAACGGAAAUUGUAUAUUUUGAUAGAUGUUUUUUCUCCAUUGGUUUAAUUAGCAUUACUUAAAAUUUGUUUCUUUAGAAAAUAAAUACAGGUUACAAAUGUGUGUAUAUUUAGAGAUUAUAAGGCUCUCUAAGUCAUCUUGCUUCUGAUUUUUCAUUGCUCUGUUGUUCCUUUUAUUGAAAAUACUAUGUUAUGAAUGGAAUUAAAUUUUAGUCUCUGGAAUUUUUUCCAAAACUAAACAAAGGAAUGUGACUACUUUGAAUGAAUCAAAAUGUCAACUUGUAUGUAUACUAUAUCUACAUUUACUCUUUAUUUAAAAAGGAAUAAUGAAAAAUCAAGAACAAUUAUUCAGUUUUGGCUGAACUGUUCAGCCUUUCCAAUACUUCUUUACUUUUAAUGAAUACAUUUAAUGAAUGUAUAUUCUUUUCACUGACUUUGGUGAUUUUAAAAUUUAGGAUGAUAUAUUUCUAUCUGUGAUAUCUUUCCACUUGAAAAAUCUCAAAACACAGAUUAAAAACCUAAUA